UUCUCUUUCCUUUGCAUUCUCUCUCUUUACUCCCCUCCUCCCCCCCCCGCCCCCCACCAAUCUGUACAUUUAGAGGAGAAAACAUUUCCCUCACUCCCCCUCCUCUUUCUCCAUUCCAAGAAGCAGAGGAGCCGCGCGGUGGUGGGGGACCACGGACUGUCUGGAAAUGCUCAUCCUAAAGCGCUUCUUCGUUUGUCUUCAGAUUCUGUGUGUUUGCUACCUGGAUUGGACCUAUGGAUACUACAGACAACAGAGGAAACUUGUUGAAGAGAUUGGCUGGUCCUAUACAGGAGCACUGAAUCAAAAAAAUUGGGGAAAGAAAUAUCCAACAUGUAAUAGCCCCAAACAAUCUCCUAUCAAUAUUGAUGAAGAUCUUACACAAGUAAAUGUGAAUCUUAAGAAACUUAAAUUUCUGGGUUGGGAUAAACCAUCUUUGGAAAACACAUUCAUUCAUAACACUGGGAAAACAGUGGAAAUUAAUCUCACUAAUGACUACCGUCUCAGUGGAGGAGUUUCAGAAAUGGUGUUCAAAGCAAGUAAGAUAAGUUUUCACUGGGGAAAAUGCAAUAUGUCAUCUGACGGAUCAGAACACAGUUUAGAAGGACAAAAAUUUCCACUUGAGAUGCAAAUCUACUGCUUUGAUGCAGACCACUUUUCAAGUUUUGAUGAAGCAGUCAGAGGAAAAGGGAAGUUAAGAACUUUAUCCAUUCUAUUUGAGAUUGGAAUAGAAGACAAUUUGGAUUAUAAGGCAAUUAUUGAUGGAAUCGAGAGUGUUAGUCGUUUUGGUAAACAGGCUGCAUUAGCUCCGUUCAUAUUGCUGAACCUUCUGCCAAACUCAACUGACAAGUAUUACACAUACAAUGGCUCCUUGACAUCUCCUCCCUGCACAGACACUGUUGACUGGAUUGUUUUUAAAGAUACAGUUAGCAUCUCUGAAAGUCAGUUGGCUGUUUUUUGUGAAGUUCUUACAAUGCAGCAGUCUGGAUAUGUGAUGUUGAUGGACUACUUACAAAAUAAUUUCCGAGAACAACAAUACAAAUUCUCUAGGCAGGUAUUUUCUUCAUACACUGGAAAAGAAGAGAUUCAUGAAGCAGAACUCGACCUCUUUCCUGACUUAAUUGGAACUGGAGAGAUACUCAAGCAGAUAGAAGAUGGAAAAGAUAUGGAAGAAGGCACUAGUGUGAAUCCUGGCAGAGAUACUGUCACAAACCAAAUAAGGAGAAAGGAUCCCCAUAUUCCUACUACAUCAAAUUACUAUCGCAUAGGGACUAAAUACAAUGAGGCCAAGACAAACCGAUCCCCAACAAGAGGAAGUGAUUUCUCCAGAAAGGGUGAUGUUCCCAACAUGUCUUUAGAUUUCACUUCCCAACCAGUCACAGAAUUAGACUCCAGAAAAGACUUAACUUCACAGACUGUGACUGAACAGCCACCUGACAGCCAGGAGGGCACUUCAGGUUCUCUAAAUGAAGGUUCUAAAAUUGUUCUCAGGUUUCCACAAGUGAAUGUAUCUGGGACUGUACAGCCUUUAAAUGCUGUUUCUAUAAUGGAAUCUCAAGAGGUAUCAACUGACAUCAGUGAGGAAGAGAGUUUAUUGAUCAAUUUCAAGCUGGAUGCUGGAACUGACGAUUCUUCAGGCUCCACUCCUGUAACAUCUACUGUGCCAUUCAUCUCUGUGAACAUAUCCCAUGGGUAUGGAUUUUCUUCAGAAAAUCCAGAGGCAACAACAUAUGAUACCUUUACACCAGAAUCUACAAGAAAUACUUCAGAAGGCUCCGCUUCGUCAGGUCUAGACGACUCUCUAAAAGAUCCUUCCUUUGAUGGAAAUGUGUGGUUUCCUAGUAGUACAGGUGAAACAACACAGCCUGAUGUUGGAUCAGGUAGAGAGACUUAUUCCACAGAGAUACAUAUUGGUGAACCUGAUAAGACAACCGAGUCCUCAUCUGAAGAUUCCCUGAUGUCACAUGGUCCCUUGGUCACAGAUCUGGAAAUGCCACAUUAUUCCACCUUUGUGUACCUGCCAACUGAGGUAACCCCUCAUGCUUACACUCAUUCCUCAGGACAACAUGAUUCGGCCUCCACAGCCAAUGUGGGACACUCGCAGACAACUCAACCAGUCUACAAUGGUGAGACACCUCUUCAACCUUCCUACAGUAGUGAAGUCUUUCCUCUAGUCACCCCUCUGUUGCUUGACAAUCAGAUCCUCAACACUACCCUUGCUGCUUCGAGUAGUGAUUCGACCUUGCAUGCCACGCCUGUGUUUCCCAGUGUUGAUAUGUCAGUUGAAUCCAUUCUAUCUUCCUACGAUGGCGCACCUCUGCUUCCAUUUUCCUCUGCUUCCUUCAGUAGUGAAUUGUUUCGCCAUGUGUAUACAGUCUCUCAAACCCUUCCACAAGUUACUUCAGCUGUUGAGAGUGAUAAGGUAUCCCUGCAUGUACCUCUGCCAGUGGCUGGGAGUGAGCUGCUACUAGAGCCCAGCCUUGCUCAAUAUACUGAUGUGGUGUCACAUCAGACCACUACUCAUGCUGCUUCAGAGACGCUGGGAUUUGGUGGUAGUGAAUCUGAUACCCUUUAUAAAAUGCUUAUGCUUUCUCCAGUUGAAGCAUCCAGCAGUGAUGUCAUGGUGCAUGCGCACUCUUCAGGGCCUGAACCUUCUUAUGCCUUAUCUGAUAAGGAGGGCUCCCGACACCUUUUCAGUGCUCUUUACAGUUCUGCAAUACCUGUGCAUGAUUCUGUCGAUGUAACUCAUCAGGGUUCCUUACUUAACAGCCCUGGCCACAUACCACCAGUGCCUAUGUCUUCACUAAUGACCCCAUCUGCUUCAUUGCUGCAGCCUACUCACGGCCUCUCUGGUGAUGGAGAGUGGUCUGGAGCUUCCUCUGACAGUGAAUUCCUCUUCCCUGAUACAGAUGGUCUGAAAGUCCUUAAUAUUUCUUCACCUAUUUCUAUAGCUGAAUUUACAUAUAAAACAUCUGUGUUUGGUGAUGACAAUAAACCAUUUUCUAAAAGUGAUAUGACCUAUGGAAAUGAGCCCGAACUAAAAAUUUCUUCUUUCAGUGACAUGAUUUAUCUUUCUGAAAGUACAGCCAUGCCCAACUUGUAUGAUAAUCUAAAUAAAUUGAAUGCAUCUUUACAAGAGUUGCACAUGUCCACAUCUAGCACAAAGGGCAUACUUUCAGGGCCUCUUGCUUAUACUACCACUAAGGGUUUUGACCAUGACAUUAGUCAAGUUCCAGAAAACAACUUUUCCGUUCAGCAUACAUAUACUGUAUCUCAAGCGUUUGAUGGCACUUUGCUUAAAUCUGUACUUAGUGCAAAUUCAGAUCAAGCAUCCUCUGACCCUACUUCCACUCAACUCUUAUUUUAUGUGACCUCAGCUUCUUUUGCUACUGAAGCAUUGCUGCAACCUUCCUUUCAGGCUUCUGAUGCUCACACAUUGCUUAAAACUGCCCUUGCAACUGUGCCUAGUGACCCAGUAUUGGUUGAAAGUCCCAAGGUUGAUCAAAUUAGCUCUACAGUAUUGCAUCUCAUGGCAUCAAGUUCUGCUUCAAGUGAAAACAUGCUACAUUCUACAUCUGUACCAGUUGUUGAUGUUCCUCCAACUUAUAAUAUGCAUACUGCUUCACUUCACGGUUUAACCAUUUCCUAUGCAAGUGAGAAAUAUUUUGAACCAAUUUUGCUUAAAAGCGAAAGUUCUCAACAAGUGGUACCUUCAUUGUACAGUAAUUAUGAAUUAUUUCAAACUGCCAAUUUGGAGAUGAACCAUGCCUUUCCUCCAGAAGGAAGGCAUGUACUGGCCACUCCUGUUUUAUCAAUUGAUGUACCACAGAAUACACUUACAAAUAAACUUAUUUACUCUGAUGAACUUAGCACCUCCACCAAGGGUUCUAUUCCUGAUGAGGUGUUCACUGAUGUUCCGACGGUUGCUUCUGAAACACUUACUACUGCUGAUCAUUCUGUUUCUUUAGGAAAUGUCUCUGCUUCCAUUUCAGCUAUUUCUCCCAACAGAGAUGAUUCUGUAACCACAACCAAGUUGCCGUUUCAUUCUAAAACAACUUCUGAGCUGACUCACAGUGCCAGAUUUGAUGCUGAUUCAGUGGGUGGUGUUGGCAAUGGUGAUACUGAUGAUUAUGAUGAUGAUGAUUAUGAUGGUCAAGAUAGUGAUGGCUUAUCUAUACAUAAGUGUAUGUCAUGCCUCUCCUAUAGAGAAUCAGAGGAAAAGGUAAUGAAUGAAUCAGACAUCCAGGAACACAGUUUCACGGAUCAGAAUAACCCAAUCUCAUAUUCAUUAUCUGAAAAUUCUAAAGAAGAAAAUAAAGUCUCAGGUGUAACCUCAGACAGUCAGACUGAUAUGGACAAUCCUGAUAAAUCACCACCAACAGAUAUACUAUCCAGAAAGCACAAUGAUGGGAAAUGGGAAACUGACAUUCAGACUGGCACUGGCCUGCUUCCUUUCACCCCAGAAUCUAAAGCCUGGGCAGUUCUUACAAGUGAUGAAGAGAGUGGAUCAGGGCAAACUACCUCAGAUAGUGUUAAUGACAAUGAGACUUCCACAGAUUUCAGUUUUCCAGAUGUUAAUGAACGAGAUGUUGAUGGGGUCCUGGAAGCAGGGGACUCAGAAAUAACUCCUGAAUCCCCACAGCCCUCCACACCGACUUUAAAUAGUGGGCAUUCAGAAGUGUUCAACAUUUCAGAAGCAGUGGCCAGUAAUAGUAGCCAUGAAUCUCGUAUUGGUCUAGCCGAAGGGCUUGAAUCCGAGAAGAAGGCAGUUAUACCUCUUGUGAUCGUAUCAGCCCUGACUUUUAUCUGUCUAGUGGUUCUUGUGGGUAUUCUCAUCUACUGGAGGAAGUGCUUCCAGACUGCACACUUUUAUUUAGAAGACAGCACAUCCCCUCGAGUAAUAUCCACACCUCCAACACCUAUCUUUCCAAUUUCAGAUGAUGUUGGAGCAAUUCCAAUAAAACAUUUCCCAAAACAUGUUGCAGACUUACAUGCAAGUAGUGGGUUUACUGAAGAAUUUGAGACACUGAAAGAGUUUUACCAGGAAGUGCAGAGCUGUACUGUUGAUUUAGGUAUUACAGCAGACAGCUCCAACCACCCAGAUAAUAAGCACAAGAAUCGAUACAUAAAUAUCGUUGCCUAUGAUCACAGUAGGGUUAAGCUUGCACAACUUUCUGAAAAAGAUGGCAAACUGACUGACUACAUCAAUGCCAAUUAUGUUGAUGGCUACAACAGGCCAAAAGCUUACAUUGCUGCCCAAGGUCCUCUAAAAUCCACAGCUGAAGAUUUCUGGAGAAUGGUUUGGGAACAUAAUGUGGAAGUUAUUGUCAUGAUAACGAACCUUGUGGAGAAAGGAAGAAGAAAAUGUGACCAAUAUUGGCCUGCUGAUGGUAGUGAAGAAUAUGGACACUUCAUGGUCACUCAGAAGAGUGUUCAAAUGCUUGCCUAUUAUACUGUGAGGAAUUUUACACUAAGAAAUACAAAAAUUAAAAAGGGCUCCCAAAAAGGAAGAUCCAGUGGGCGUGUGAUUACACAGUACCAUUACACUCAGUGGCCUGAUAUGGGAGUGCCAGAAUACUCGCUACCAGUGCUGACCUUCGUGAGAAAGGCGUCCCAUGCUAAGCGUCAUGCAGUGGGGCCUGUUGUUGUCCACUGCAGUGCUGGAGUUGGAAGAACUGGCACAUACAUUGUGCUAGACAGUAUGUUACAACAAAUUCAACAUGAAGGAACUGUCAACAUAUUUGGAUUCUUAAAACACAUUCGCUCACAAAGAAAUUAUUUGGUACAAACUGAGGAACAAUAUAUCUUCAUUCAUGAUGCUUUGGUUGAGGCCAUACUUAGUAAAGAAACUGAGGUACCAGACAGUCAUAUUCAUGCCUAUGUCAAUGGACUUCUCAUUCCCGGACCAACGGGUAAAACGAAACUUGAAAAGCACUUCAAGCUCUUGAGUCAAUCAAAUAUAAAGCAGAGUGACUAUUCUACAGCCCUAAAGCAGUGCAACAGGGAAAAGAACAGAACUUCGUCCAUCAUCCCUGUGGAAAGAUCAAGGGUUGGCAUUUCAUCCCUGAGUGGAGAAGGCACAGACUACAUCAAUGCUUCAUACAUCAUGGGUUACUAUCAAAGCACUGAAUUCAUCAUCACACAGCAUCCCCUUCUCCAUACUAUCAAGGAUUUCUGGAGGAUGAUAUGGGACCACAAUGCCCAGCUGGUGGUUAUGCUUCCUGAUGGUCAAAAUAUGGCAGAAGAUGAGUUUGUUUACUGGCCGAAUAAAGAUGAGCCUAUAAAUUGUGAAAGUUUUAAAGUCACUCUUAUGACUGAAGAGCACAAAUGUCUGUCUAAUGAAGAAAAACUGAUAAUUCAGGAUUUUAUCUUAGAAGCUACACAGGAUGACUAUGUACUUGAAGUAAGGCAUUUUCAGUGUCCCAAGUGGCCAAAUCCAGAUAGCCCCAUUAGUAAAACUUUUGAACUUAUAAGUGUUAUCAAAGAAGAAGCUGCCAACAGAGAUGGGCCCAUGAUUGUUCAUGAUGAACAUGGAGGAGUGACAGCAGGAACUUUCUGUGCUUUGACAACGUUUAUGCACCAACUAGACAAAGAAAAUUCCAUAGAUGUUUACCAGGUAGCCAAGAUGAUCAAUUUGAUGAGGCCAGGAGUCUUUGCUGACAUUGAGCAGUAUCAGUUUCUUUAUAAAGCCGUCCUCAGCCUUGUGAGCACAAGGCAAGAAGAGAACCCAUCCACCUCUCUGGACAGUAAUGGUGCCGCAUUGCCUGAUGGAAACAGAGCCGAGAGUUUAGAGUCUUUAGUUUAAGACUGCAGGAGGUUUAAGGGAAUACAUAUCUGAACAUUAUUUUUCUCUUUUUUAAAUGAGACUGGAAAGUCAGUCGGGUCCUUCUGUUAAUCUGUUUGUUUCACAUCACAUUACAGUAACUUUCAUGACAUAGGAUUCUGCUGCCAAAUUUAUAGCAUUAACAACGUGUGCCUUUUUUUUUUUGCAAAAUUUCUUGUAAUUCAUUUGUGUAUAAACUAAAAUGAUCAAAUUUUACAGCAUUUCUAAGAAUGAAUUUGUGGAGGUGUGUUGUUUUUUUCAAUGUUGAUUUUAACAAAACCUUUUGAUUUCUAGAUGUCGAGACUCCCAACAAGUUUGUUUUUAGUGUCAAAUUUUUAACUGUAUUUGUAGCCAUCAUUAGAUUUGCUAGAAAUGUAACUUUUAGUAUAGUAGGUUGUACAUAAAACACUUUAUUUCCUAUAUGAUAUUCAACAUUUUACAACCGCAGUAUUCACUUAGAGUAGAAAUAAUCUGAUACUUAACUGUAAAUACUGCUCUAAUAUCUCCAUGGACCAAAUUUAUAAUUGUAGAUUUUUAUAUUUUACUACUGAGUCAGUUUUCUAGUUCUGUGUAAUUGCUAAGUUUAUCUGGUCUUACACUCCAAGUCUUCUGAUACUGUUAUCUCAGUGAUUAACUCUGUUCUAGCAUGUGAUUUUAACUUUUAUGGAAAAUAGAAAUAAAUUUGUUUUUUUUUGGGGGGAAGGUGUUUUUAUGAUAAUAAUACCUUCUGAGAAUAACAGUGUUGUCUAAAAUGGUUUUUAUCUAGCACACUGAAGAAAUAAAUAUAAAUAUUGUCAUCAAAA